AUGGCUCUCGGUAGCAUCUCGCUGGGCUACCUGCUCUUUUCACUCCUCCAUUUCGGCCAGUUUGUUCUCGCCAUCACCGUCUGCGCGCUGUAUGGCAUCGACCUAGAUCGCGCCCGCAAGGCCGGUGUCGCGGCUGAUGGGAAAUGGGUCUACGCAGAGGUCGUCGGCGGGCUCGCGGCCCUGACGAGCAUUCUCUACUGCAUUCCCUACAUUCUCCGGUUUGCGCUGGUCUGGGCGUGGAACUUGGUUCUCUUCAUUCUCUGGAUCGCCCUGUUCGGCUUGUUCGGCAAAAUGUACAUUCACGAGGACCCGGAGGGAAAUGGCGACAUUCAGCGCAUGAAGAACGCUGUGUGGGUUGUCCUUGCGAGCGCGCUUCUCUGGCUCAUUGGUGUCCUUGCACACUUCAUCUACUGGUGGGGCCACAGGGAGCGACGCAGCCGCUUCACCAGCCGCGCGAGGGUUUGA